AUGUCUAACUACGACGAACAAAAUGUCUUUGCAAAGAUUUUGAGGAGUGAAAUACCUAGUUAUCAAGUUUAUGAAGAUGAGAAUUGUCUAGCCUUUCUUGAUGCAUUCCCAGUAGUAAUGGGUCAUACAAUUCUGAUACCAAAAACUAAAUGUAUAAAUAUACUUGACACUUCUGAAGAUGUAGCAUCCAAGGUACUAAGUAAGCUACCAAUAAUAGCUGAGGCAGUUAAAAAAGCUACUGGUGCCACAGGAAUUAAUAUUAUUUCAAAUGCUGGUGGCGAUGCAGGACAGGCUGUCUUUCAUACACAUUUCCACAUAAUUCCAAGAUUUUCAGAGGACAAUUUGUUGGCUUUUCCAAAAAGUAUCGGUACGAUAAAUAUUGAAGAGGCUAGUCACAUUCAAAAACUCAUAAAGUCAAAUUUAAAUGUAUAA